AUGGCUGCUGAAGAACAUAAACCCCUUUUGGAUGCAUCUGGUGCAGAACCACAUCAAGAAGAUGCUACUGCUACUGCUAUCUUAAGACGUAAGAAGAAAGAUAAUAUGUUAUUAGUAGAUGAUGCUACUAAUGACGAUAAUUCAGUUAUUGCUAUCAAUUCUAAUACUAUGGAUAAAUUAGAAUUAUUUCGUGGUGAUACCGUUUUAGUUAAAGGUAAGAAAAGAAAAGAUACUGUAUUAAUUGUUCUUAUUGAUGAUGAAUUAGAUGAUGGCGCUUGUAGAAUUAAUAGAGUUGUUAGAAAUAAUUUACGUAUUCGUUUAGGUGAUUUAGUUACAAUCCAUCCAUGUCCUGAUAUUAAAUAUGCAACAAGAAUUUCUGUUUUACCAAUUGCUGAUACUAUUGAAGGUUUAACUGGUAAUUUAUUUGAUGUCUUUUUAAAACCUUAUUUUGUUGAAGCUUAUAGACCUGUUAGAAAAGGUGAUCAUUUUGUCGUUAGAGGUGGUAUGAGACAAGUUGAAUUUAAAGUUGUUGAUGUUGAACCUGAUGAAUACGCUGUUGUUGCGCAAGAUACUGUUAUUCAUUGGGAAGGUGAACCAAUUAAUAGAGAAGAUGAAGAAAAUAAUAUUAAUGAAGUUGGUUAUGAUGAUAUUGGUGGUUGCCGUAAGCAAAUGGCUCAAAUCAGAGAAAUGGUUGAAUUACCAUUAAGACAUCCUCAGUUAUUUAAAGCCAUUGGUAUUAAACCACCAAGAGGUGUUUUAAUGUAUGGUCCACCAGGUACAGGUAAAACUUUAAUGGCUCGUGCUGUUGCAAAUGAAACAGGUGCAUUUUUCUUUUUAAUUAAUGGUCCAGAAGUUAUGUCAAAGAUGGCAGGUGAAUCUGAAUCUAAUUUAAGAAAAGCAUUUGAAGAAGCUGAAAAAAAUGCUCCUGCAAUUAUUUUCAUCGAUGAAAUUGAUUCAAUUGCUCCAAAGAGAGAUAAGACUAAUGGUGAAGUUGAAAGAAGAGUUGUUUCUCAAUUAUUAACUUUAAUGGAUGGUAUGAAAGCAAGAUCUAACGUUGUUGUCAUUGCCGCUACUAAUAGACCAAAUUCUAUUGAUCCAGCUUUAAGAAGAUUUGGUAGAUUUGAUCGUGAAGUUGAUAUUGGUAUUCCAGAUGCUACUGGUAGAUUAGAAAUUCUUCGUAUUCAUACUAAAAAUAUGAAAUUAGCAGAUGAUGUUGAUUUAGAAACUUUAGCUGCUGAAACUCAUGGUUAUGUUGGUGCUGAUGUUGCUUCUUUAUGUUCUGAAGCCGCUAUGCAACAAAUUCGUGAAAAGAUGGAUAUGAUUGAUUUAGAUGAAGAUGAAAUUGAUGCUGAAGUGUUAAAUUCUCUUGGUGUCACCAUGGAUAAUUUUAGAUUUGCUCUUGGUAACUCUAAUCCAUCUGCUUUACGUGAAACUGUUGUUGAAAGUGUUAAUGUAACUUGGGAUGACGUUGGUGGUCUUGAUGAGAUUAAAGAAGAAUUGAAAGAAACUGUUGAAUAUCCUGUCUUACAUCCAGAUCAAUAUACAAAAUUCGGUUUGGCUCCAUCAAAGGGUGUUCUAUUUUAUGGUCCACCAGGUACUGGUAAGACUUUAUUAGCUAAAGCUGUUGCCACUGAAGUUUCAGCUAAUUUCAUAUCCGUUAAAGGUCCAGAAUUAUUAAGUAUGUGGUAUGGUGAAUCAGAAUCUAACAUUCGUGAUAUCUUUGAUAAAGCUAGAGCUGCUGCACCAACUGUUGUCUUUUUAGAUGAAUUAGAUUCUAUUGCUAAAGCAAGAGGUGGUGCUGGUGGUAGUGAUGCAGGUGGUGCAUCUGAUAGAGUCGUUAAUCAAUUAUUAACUGAAAUGGAUGGUAUGAAUGCAAAGAAGAAUGUCUUUGUUAUUGGUGCUACUAAUAGACCAGAUCAAAUCGAUCCAGCUAUUUUAAGACCAGGUAGAUUAGAUCAAUUGAUUUAUGUUCCAUUACCAGAUGAACCAGCUAGACUAUCAAUCUUAAAUGCUCAAUUAAGAAAGACUCCAUUAGAACCAGGUCUAGAAUUAUCAUCUAUUGCCAGAGCCACCCAAGGUUUCUCUGGUGCUGAUUUAUCAUAUAUUGUUCAAAGAGCCGCUAAAUUCGCCAUUAAGGAUUCUAUUGAAGCUAAGAAGUUAAUGGAAGCUUCAAAGGUUAAGAAUGAAGAUGUCGAAAUGGGUGAUGGUAAUGAAGAAGUGAAACAAGAGCAAACAGAAGAACCAGAAGAAGAUCCAGUACCAUUUAUAACAAAAGAACAUUUCGCUGAAGCUAUGAAGACUGCUAAACGUUCCGUUAGUGAUGCUGAAUUACGUCGUUAUGAAGCUUAUUCACAACAAAUGAAGGCCUCUAGAGGUCAAUUCAGUAAUUUCAAUUUCGAUGAAAAUGCCAUGGGUACUGAUUCUAACACAUCUAACGCCCCUGGUGCUUCUGCUUCAAAUGGUACUGGUGCUGAUUUCAAUAAUAAUGCAGAAGAUGAUGACGAUCUAUACAGUUAA